UGUGGUUCCUUCCUUCCUUCCGUUUUGCAGAAUGUCGACAAAUUUCGAUACCCCCUUGUUCGGUGUCAGCCGACCUGCUCCAGAAAGCUGCGAUGAAAGAGGGAAGUGGGUGAAAUGUGAACCAAAACCAAAACCGAAAUCGAAAAAAUAUGAAUGGGAAUCGAAACGCGUCGAAGAUCUUGAUAUGAGUGACUUCUCUAUGUUUGACGAUGACAUUGAGCCUUUUAUGUUUAUAUGCGCGCGCUUUAUUUACAAGAAUAAGGCCCAGAUUCAAAAAGAUAAGGAGAUUGAAGUAGCCAUGGCUGAGUAUCGUGAGUGCUCUCGCAACCUAAGUGUGUUCGAUGCUAUCCCCGUUCCAAAAAUCUCAGGAAAAUGUGGGGGUGUCGGUCCCCUUCCUAUGACCGAUGAUCGUCGCCUUUUUCUCACUCCCGCCUGCCACCUUGCCUUAGACAAUUACAAUGCUGAGAAUCAGGGUCCAAAUUUCGUUUUUGUUGACGUUGUCAAGACAACCUAUAGACCCGGUGGUUUCUAUUACAUUACCUUUCAAGCACAAGAAGAAAUUCCCAACAGCCCUGUUAUAGCUUUUCAGGCCGAAGUCAGGAUUUGGAGGACUGACCCACCUAUCAUCAUCAAGUCGUGUGCCAUUAAAACUACUUAACACACUCACCAUGGAAAUUAUGUCCAAUGCAUCCACCUGCUGUGAAUUUACCUUCCAUGAAUCUGAUUUUGGUUAUGUACAAACCCAAGCAAGCCCGGACAAACUUCUGGGUGUAGUGAAUUAAAUGUGGUGUUUAUGUAGAUAGUAUAUUUGCUAGAAAAUUUGGGAUUUUAACGUCGCAUGUCAUGUUAUUUCACACCAACGAAUGUCACUAACACUAAUGUUUGUCAUUUAUCUUUAUAAUCGGAUGACAUUUCCCAACGCUUGAUAUGAAUA